AGAUUUUUCUCAUAGUUGCAGCACGUUCAACCUGCCAUGGAUGCAGCAUACAGCUGGGGAUUGGGCCACCUGCAUUGUGCUCAAGCUUAGUGGCCCUGUGAGUCACCAUGGCCACCUAUGCAGGCAACGGGCUCACGCCCGAGGUGGCGUCGUUUGCACAGAAGCAUGGCUUGACGCUGACGGCACAGGAAGAGCUUCAGAAACUGCUCAAUGCUUCAGUCAGCUUGGCGCAACGCCGUGUGACGGUCUCCGUGCCCGCUACGGUGGCCAAUUUGGGACCUGGAUUGGAGGUGGUUGGCAUGGCGGUGGAUAUUUGGGACGAGUUCACCUUAGAAUUCGCUGAUCACUUUAGCGUCGAGAUUCAUGGAUUGGACACUCCUGAGGUGCCCCGGAAUGAGGAAAACUUGGUUGUGCAGGGUGCAGCCAGUGCCUUCAAGGAGGCCUGCCGGCCUUUCCCUACCAUGCACUUCAUCUGCGAGCAUCGAAUACCUUAUGACAAGGGCCUGGGUGCGGCGAGCGCGGCUUUUGUCGGUGGCUUCCUGGCCGGAUCGGUGCUUUGUGCGGAGGAGCUGCGACAUUUGGAAAAAUCCACAGAACUGCGACAUUUGGAAAAAUCCACAGAAAAGUGGACCGGUCGGUCCAAUUCCAAAGAAGGUUUGGAUGUGGUCGACUGUAGUGCGCCCACCAACGCUGAUGGGGUGGAAGCGCUCCUGGAAGCGGCCAUCGCUCGAGGUUGGAAUCCUGGAAAUGUGUGUCCUGCGAUCUAUGGGGCGAUACAGAUCGGCAUCAACACUCCGAAUGGAAUGCGAUCUCAUCGGGUACCGUGUCCACAUGGCCUUGUUCUUUGCCUCUUCGUGCCGGAUGGGCAGGAAGAGGAGACGGGUUUGGAGAUGGAGUUGGUGGAUCGCCAGAAAGCCAUUUUCAACGUGGGACGGGUGGCGUUGCUGAUCAACGUGUUCUCCACACAGGACUUCUCCAAGUUCCAGAAGGCGUCAGAGGAUUCUCUGGCUCUGCCUCACAUUGCUGGGAAAUUUCCGUACAUCAAGGGGGUGUGCCAAGCAGCCCUCGCCGCUGGUGCUUCCGGCGCCUGUGCUGCUGGCUACGGCCCAUCGGUACUGGCCUUGCUCCCAGGCAGAACUGGUGAUGUUUUGGCGCAAUCUGCCUCCAACCAGUUGGAGCAGGACGUGGCCAAGGCCAUGUUGAAGGCCGCCGAGGAGAAGUCUAUCUCAGGGCAGAUUCUGAUCGCCAAACCUUGCGAUGUGGGAGCCCAUGUGGUGGCACAGAAGUCUGCACUGGGCCCUGCGGAUGAAAAGUCGCGAAUCUCCUACUACCAGCCUCCUGGCGGUCUCUUAGACAUGUUGGUUGACCCCAAACUCGGCCAAACAGAUUCGGAGAUCCUGCUGCAUGGUGGCUCUGACUUCUCCUUGCUUGAGCCUUCAGAGAAGGUUGAAGACCAGAGCACACGCGCCUCUUCGCUUCGCACGUGCAGCCAUGAUGACAUGAGUCCUGCCGCGCAGUCGGCCACUGCUGCACUCUUUGCAGCGGUUGCAGCAGCAACUGGGAAGCUUUAUGCUGAGCCGGAAGAGGAAGCUGUUGAAGCUGAGCACGAGGCGCGCGAUGCCGGUGCUGCGACCGACGCGAUGGUCAAAGAAUUACGUGAGGCUUUGAAGGACCUCGAGAAGCGAACUGCACAUGUGGUCAGACAGACGCGCGUGGUGGCCGCUGAGUGCCGCGCGUUGGAUGAGCGCAUCGCAGGACUUGCUGCCGCCCAAAGUCGAAGAGAGCUGGAAGUGGCAAGCGUAUGGGAGGACCUCCAAGUGGCUCUUCGUCAUGCGAAGGAGGUCCUACGCCAUCAACAAGUGAAGCAGGAACCUUCCCAAAGACGGGCGCAGAUUGAAAAACUGCGGCAGGAAGUGAAACGACAAGCAGUUGCCAUCCAACAUCUCAGGAAGUGGAAGGACGAGGCGGAGGCUCGCAAGAUGAAGACUCAAAGAGCUCCUGAAGAGCUGGCGGAAGCACGGUGGAAGCGGACCCAGGACAUCCACCGCGAAGUGGACCGCGUCCAGCGCCCAGUCCUGGAUGCUGCUGGGGCUGCCAGCUACACCUUGAGAGCUGCCAGCCACACCUCGAGCGCUGCGUAG